AACCAGCGGGUGUCUCCUCAUUCCGUCCGAGUCCGGCGGCUGACGGAAACCUACUUCGUGGCCAGCUGACUGAGAGACGUGGCUGUCACCAGGCGGUGCUGAGGUGUGCAUGGCAGGUGACCAGGAAGCUCUGAAGCCGGGACUCCAGGAUCCAGGCGGCCCUCCACCCAGCCCCGGGCCUCACUGUCCUCCCAGGGCCCAGACAACUGGUCACUCGUUCAGUUACCGAGCCCCUACUAUGUACGGGUCAAGCAGUGGACGAGGCAGACAGACAUCUUGACCCUCACUGACCGACGUGCCAGCAGAGGAGCUAGCGAAUCUGAUGUCGCAGGGUCUUGAGUGCUAGAAUUAACACAAGAUGAAGGCAGAGAGCCUGGAGCAGGGGAGGGGCCCAUGUGGAGAGGGUCCGAGGAAUGCCCUCCUCAGAGGCGAUGCGGGCAGAGACCCGAACCGCCAGGUGGGCAGGGCCGGAGUAGAGCUCUUGAUAAUCCCACGUCUCCCUUCACGCCCUGCUUUCCUCCUCUCCAAAGGCUUGUCACGGGAGAGGAAAUGGCCCUCCUUCUGAUUUUUCCUUGGUUCUGUCAGCUCCCCAAAGACAAAAUAAUAAACAACAGGUGGCAAAUUCUUCUACACCCCCAGGGAGGUGCUGGACCACAUAUGUAGGACGCGGAUGGGAGGCGUUAGUGACUGAAGUCCGGAAAGGGAAUCCGAUCAUUUCUGUGGAGGCGAUUGCCAGGGGGAGGCUCACGCCAUCCAGGCCUUAGUGAGUGCCGCCCAGGGUCCCUCCCAGUGCCCCAGAGACAGGCAGUGUGGGGACCGCAGUCCAGCACUUCAGCACCACCAAAUGAGGCUCGUCCCUUGCCUGUCCUCCUCCCCGCUCCUGCCAACGUCAGAAGAAAGGGUCAGAAACUACAGUCAUCAAGCCAGAAGGGAAAGGAGAGGGAAAACAGAGAAGCUCUCUCCUCCCAAAAUGUGCCCACGGCCUGUGUGGGUCCAGGGAGGGCAGAGGAAACACCUUGAAAUAAUUACUUCAUUUUCCCGCAUAUCAGUCCCCAGACACGGUGUGGGCCACCAAAGUUUUUAUCUACGAGUGAGCCCAAAAGGCUGGGGCCUGCCCACGGGCUCACCCAGGAGGAGAGAAGCCAGCGCCCACAGCGGGUCUGAACAAGCCGUGGUCUGGUCGUACCUCAACAACCCUGCUCCUUUAAGGGACUAGCUACACACUCCUCACACUGCCUAGAAAAAGCCCUCAUUGCUGUCCCCUUCCUGUGUCUGCAUCAGCUGUUUGGACCCUCACCUCCUGGCUUCAGCUCCUGCCUGAGAUGCCCCAUUAGCUGCUCAGCCAGGCUGCUGGUGCCUCAGGCUAAUGGCCCUGCCACCCCGCCCUCCUCUCCCUUCCGGCUCACUGCCCAUCCUGGACACCCUCCCUCAGGCCAUCGAGGGGGACUCCUGAGCCUCAGAGACAUCUGGCAGCACCAAGAGGUGAGUCCCUCUUUCUGUGGCUCCUCUCCCCACGGCGGUUAUUCCCCAGACCCCCCAGUUUACCUGCUUAGGAUGCUCCCUGAGGUUGGUCAAGGUCAUUCUCUGUGGCACUCAUGGGACCCGACUUGCCCUGGCUCUGCCCUGGCGCCCCGCCUCGCCUGCCCUUUACCACAGGCUUCACCUUACCCAAAUCCUGACACCCCCCCCCCCCCACUCCACUGUCUGCAGGGCAGGCUCUCCACGGUCCUGGGGGGUGUGGGGGGCAGCUGCUUCUCUUCCCAGGGAAUUAGGGGAGAGGGGUGGACUCAGGAGACUUAGUCCUAGGAAAAACACACACACACGGUGGGACCCGGCUCUAAUUUUCUACCCUUUCUCUCCCCAGUCUCAGAAAUCAGGAGGCUCUCCCUCCGAUGGGACCUGCACGCUUCCAUGGUGUUUUAAGAGAGGAUACGGUGGGAAGAAAGCAGAGGACUGAGGGCUAGUGGGCCUUGCUCCUCACUCGGGCUCACCUGCUAACUGGAGCCGCUUCUCUCCGUGGGCCUCCCUCAUUGAGACAGUUGAUAUCUCACAGGACGGCUUCUAAUACCCUAGCAGUCUGUGAUCCCAGGAGCCCCCGAUCCCCCCACCCCUCCACGGGCCUAGCCGAGGCUGGGGAGCGAGUGGAGGUCAGGAGCGUGGAGGCCAGCCCCGGCCCCAUGGACCUGCCCCCGCAGCUCUCCUUCGCCCUCUACGUGGCCGCCUUUGCACUGGGCUUCCCACUCAACGCCCUGGCCAUUGGGGGCGCCGUGUCCCAUGCCCGGCUCCGCCUCACCCCCAGCCUUGUCUAUGCCCUCCACCUAGGCUGCUCUGACCUCCUGCUGGCAGCCUCUCUGCCCCUGAAGGCGGUGGAGGCCCUGGCCUUGGGCGCCUGGCCUCUGCCGGCCUCGCUCUGUCCUGCCUUUGCCCUGGCCCACUUUGCUCCGCUCUAUGCUGGCGGGGGCUUCCUGGCUGCCUUGAGUGUCGGCCGCUACCUGGGGGCUGCCUUCCCCUUGGGGUACCAAGCUGCCCGGAGGCCGCGUUAUUCCUGGGGUGUGUGUGUGGCCAUAUGGGCCCUUGUCCUCUGUCACCUGGGGCUGGUCUUUGGGUUGGAGGCUCCAGGAGGCUGGACGGACGAUACCAACAGCUCCCUGGGCAUCAACACGCCAGUGAACGGCUCUCCGGUCUGCCUGGAGGCCUGGGACCCGGCCUCAGCGGGCCCUGCUCGCCUCAGCCUUUCUCUCCUUCUCUUCUUCCUCCCCCUGACCAUCACAGCCUUCUGUUACGUGGGCUGCCUCCGGGCACUGGCCCGGUCAGGCCUGAGCCACAGACGGAAGCUGAGGGCAGCCUGGGUGGCCGGCGGGGCUCUGCUCACACUGCUGCUCUGCUUAGGGCCUUACAACGCCUCCAACGUGGCUGCCUUCCUGCACCCCGACACGGGGGGCCGCUGGCGGAAACUGGGGCUCAUCACGGGCGCCUGGAGUGUGGUGCUCAACCCGUUGGUGACUGGCUACCUGGGAGGGGGUGCCGGCCGGGCGACAAGUGUGGCAAGAACGAAAGGAGGGACAUCCCAGAAGCAGCAGCCGCCGCUGGAGAGAAGGGGCAUGGAGCAGGGGAGGCCGGCUGCUUCCGCAGGCCCCUGAUGGGGACUGCGCCGAAGGAACUGCAGGGCGGCCUUGCCUGGAAGCACCCUUGGAACCGCUUAUGGGAAGAACUGAGCCUGGCCGAAGACCACAUCCCAGUGGAGGGAAGACGGAGGCCAGGGACCAGGUCACAGGAGGAAGGUAGGCUUGCCUCCGCAUACAUCGGCGUGACUCCCCACCUCUGCCUGUCCCUCUCCUCCUCGCGCCCACCUGCCAAUGCUGUAGAAAUUCUCUUCCAGUCUAGAGGAAAUGCCACACUGAUGAUACGUUCGGGGGGAUGCUGUUCCCCAAACAUCUCCUAGGAAAGAAUAUUUUAAUUUCUGAACAAGAGAAGAGGCAGGAGGCAAGAUACUGACACUGUUAUGCCGUUUGGCACUCACAAGAGGGCAGCACUGGAACUGUGAACAGGAAGUUGGUAGGAAAAGACGCCUCCGCAGGGAGAGAAAAUACUAGAGAAAAUACACACCACGAAGAGUCCCUAACAAAUAGAGUCUCUGAUAUGGGACAGUCACCACGGCGAGUGCUUUACAAGUGUUGUCCCAUUUCAUACUCACACAAUCCUUUGAUUUGGCUACGCAGCUGCCGUACAGAUGGGCAGGUUGUUCACUGCACGAGAGUGCCAGGCAGACGGACAAACAUCGACUAAAGUCUAGCCUGUGCUGUGCUCACCGAUCCAUGUGCCCGGCAUGGGACUACUUCCACCCAGAGGAAGGAGCACGUUAUUCUAAUUUGAACAAAGAUAUCACCCACUCCUCAAGCAGGGCGCCUCGGUGGAGGGCGCUACCGCCUGGAGUGGGGUGCCUUUUCCUAAUUUGUACAAAGGCGUCCCUUAAGUUAGCUAUGGUCCCGGAGCCAAGUAUUAUUAUCAUCUUCAUUUUUGCAGCAUUAAGGAAUUUUCCCGAGGCUCUACAGCAAGGAAGGGGUGGACGCGUGAUGCGAUCCUUCAAGGCAGGACCCCCGAGGGUCAGGGGACAUAUGAAAGAACUUGAGGUAUCGGUGUGAACGCCCGUCCUUGUGGUCCGCUUCGCAAAGGCAAACGGUGGCACCCUGAACCCGUGAGAGCAGGGAGAGGAGAGUGGUCAUGGAGGAGACAAACAUCUGGGCACCUGCUCUGAUGAGGCAAGAUGCGGGAAGCAGACUUGUUCCUCUAAAGGCGAUCACGCCGUGAGCAUAGCCUAUGCCACAGAACGGGUAGCUACAUGCCUGGUGUGCACGCGCUGGUUUAUACAAGCUACCUCUUUUUAUGCUUCGGUGUCGACAAGGGCAAGGGAUUUCAUUUGCUCAUCUGCCCCCAGCACCUUAGAAGGGAGCUUGGCACGUAGUAGCAGGUUCUCAGGAAGUGUUUGCCGAACGAAUGAAUGCUCGCAAGAGCCUUCCAAAGAAAAUUUCAUUAUCUGUUUUACGUGAAAACAGACCAGAGAAGUUACAUAACUUGCCCGGGGCUCCGCAGAAGCAAGAAACAAGUUUAUUCCCUGCACAGCGGUGACAGCAGAGAAUUUCAGUAAAAGCCCGAACUCCUGAGCACAAGCGGCCUCACUGCCCCUUCCCAUAAAGCCAGGGACGCUCUCUCCCACCGCUAUGGAGCUCCAGCUGGUGCUGGGCCAUUUGUUCCAGAGAAUUGUGCCUCCUCCAUUUGGCGGUGGAAUUUAGUUCCUCCCGAGGGUCCAUGACGCCCCACGUGAUCCGCCCCCCAGCACCCUCGUGACCCCCACCCCGUCAGCCCUAAGCCUUCUAGAGGCCCCCCCCCAGCAGAUUAGCCUGUGCACCCGCCUUUCUGUUUGCCUGAAGGGCCUCCCCAGUGGUUCUCUGCCUCUGUUAGUCUGUCCUACCCUCCUACCACUCAAUCCCCUUAGACCUCACCACCACCAGACCCACGGCAGCAACAUCUUUGUUUUGCUCACCAU